AAUAAAUUACGAAAAAACAACGAAAUUUGGUUUCCUCUUCCUCAAGCCAAAAUCGAGAAGUCGUUCGAUUCCAUAUAAAUAAAGCCCAUCAUUUCUGAACGAAAACCCAUCAUUCAAGAAUUAUUCUUGCGAUUGAAUUUCAGACAUAUAGCUGAAGAAUUUCGAACUACAGAUCGAUCAAUUAUGGCGAUGAGCGAAGAGGAAAUUCAGCUGAGACUGCAGGAGUUGCAGAAGCAGCUGGCCAAGAAACAGAUGUUCGAGGGAUCUGUUUCCGAAAUCAGAUCUCUCCUAAAGCAACAUUAUUCAUCCGCUUCACCUAAUCUUCGCAAAACGUUUUACACCGUUGUGUGUCGUGUUGCAACUGUUUUGAAGACGAGACACACUUCCCCGGGGUUCUGGAAUGCUGGGCUUAACCUCUUCCAGGAGGCGGAGCAGCUUGCUGGGGACGCCUCCGAGAGGAAGCACCUGCAGAGCUGCAUUGCUCAGGCACACGACCAGAUAGGCGAAGUACAGAGCCGGCCUGAAGACUCAAUAUCUCGAGAGAGCAGAAACAGUGGAGGUUAUUUAUUCGAAGGGCAUCUCACUGUAGACCGUGAGCCUCCACAGCCGGCUUGGUUGGUGCAAUCGAAUCUGCUGACUGCCGCUGCUGCCCUUCUUCAUGGUGAGUCGUCAGCAGAGCAGCAAACGGGUAGUGGUGACACGGGAGAAGAUUCUGCAAACCUACUGCACCAGCUGGUUAAUAGCCUGGAUGAUAUUCUGCCAGAGUUUCUGACAAAUGAAUCCGGGGCUCCAAGAGUGCCUCCUGCUAGCAAGGAAGUCGUGGCAAAUCUCCCCAUCACGAAAGUUGCAGAAGACAUCCUGGUGAAGCUCGGUAAAGAUGCUGUGUGCUCCAUUUGCCAGGAAAACUUGGUCGUAGACGAUGAGAUGCAAGAGUUGCCCUGCAAGCAUAUGUUCCAUCCUCCUUGCCUCAAACCAUGGCUGGAUGAGCACAAUUCUUGCCCAAUCUGUCGCCACGAGCUGAGAACGGACGAUCAUGCCUACGAGAGCUGGAAGGAAAGGGAGAAAGAGGCAGAGGAGGACCGGAAGGGGGCCGCGAACGCAGUACGCGGGGGUGAGUACAUGUAUGUAUAGAUAGACAGGGGAAGAUGAAAUGCUUCUGGUUGGCAAAGCUUUUAUGUUUUGGCUGUAAUCAUUCUACACUUCUCCUUGUCUCACUUGUGUUUGUAUUCAUUGAUUAAUAUGAGUUGAAUCUAUUCUUAAAGCA